AUGCAUUUUCCUCAAACAGUCGUGACAGCGUUGGUCAAGGCUAUUGUUGAUAGUGAUGCGAUUACUAUCUGGGAUGCUAAAUCUAGGCGCAAACUCAAUCCGGAAGAAAUUGAUGACAUAUUUUGGAAACACCGUCUAAUGUCUGAAUCUAAUUUUAAUAUUGAUUGGAGAAAACUGCCGACAUUUACAAUUGUAAUGUAUGCUCAAACCCCCGUAACUGAUGACAAUCGUGAUUCCGUCGUAAAGAUCAAAUUGGGUCCCAAAGACUAUAUACAGAAAGUCAAUCUUGGAAAAUUUAAAAGAUACCUGUUUGCUGUAACAGUUGGCUCAAAUGACAAUGCAAUUCUUGGUAUACCAUUUAUGACCCAACUUGAAUUGACAUUUGAUUUACAAAAUACACGCAUUGGGUUUGGUCCUGGAUGUGGAUGUGAAACUGCAAGUAACAGGUAUCCUACUAUUUCAAACAAUGAUCAAGUACUCUGGCCAUUACCACAAUUGCCUGAACAACCAAGUACUUCAAGUUCAGAUGGCAGAUCUGGUCUCGGGAGAUCAUUUUCGCGACUUGGUAGUACUUUCCGUGGUACUCUUCGUCGUGGUAGCAAGCGGCCAAAGUUUGGUUACAAAAAGUUUGGAGACUAA